UACAAGAGAUACUCGCUUUUGUUUUCUAAUGAGGGGAAUGGAACUGGGCUGAGUCUUUGCUUGUAUUUUAUUUUGUCCUAUAGAUGAAUGUGACAUUAGCCUAGGGUGAAUUUCGCAUAAUGACUUAUAUUGACGGCCGGUAGCUAAAGAAAGACUGAGCAUAAUGUUGCCCAUGAACAGGAAUGAUUGUACCUGAUCAUUUCUCAGCUAACGUAAGCUGCUCACGUUAGUUAGCUAGCUAGCUAGGUAACGUUGCCUUUAGAAAGAUGACACGCAUGACCUGUCCACCGCUGCAGUCUAUUAAUGCAUUAAUUUGUUUAUAAUGCGCAAAGAGGAUGUUUUAGCCAACAGGAUAAACGAGAAGUGUUGUUUAGAAGAAAACGGGGAGCUGACGUUGAAAACGUAUAUUUUAGCCCUGUUGCUAGCGUUAACUAGCUGAGUUUUGGAGUCCACCGGCACUAUUGCAACCUCGGCAAGUUUGCCUCUUCUAAGUUUCUCAGCUGACGUACACUGCCACUUUCUUGAUGUCUAUCUGCAGCUCCGUUUGUAACUUAAUGUAAUGUGUUUGCGUCAAAACGAUUUAUACCAAUCUUACAUUAGCUAAUACUGAACUGCCACAUAUUGUAUGUGCUUUGAUAGGGCACCUUUAACUCAGACACUUUCUUUUGAUGUGCUGUAGGGAUUUUUUUCUAUGUCCACACACCAGCUGAUGUCAAAACUCUAAAGUGCCAAAAUCACUUCUGAAAGUUGCACAUUGAUUUGUAAUGAUGUGGCUAUAACGGAGCACAUGUGCUUCCGGGUUCGAUGUUGCUGUUCUGUGGAUGAUGAUGCGGAUGACCUGGCUGAUAUCAGGAAUCAAUCGACGAAUGAUGAAGCUCCUUGUCGCCCUUGCCUUGAUUGCCUACAUUGCCUCUGUCUGGGGAACCUACACAAAUAUGAGGUCCAUACAGGAGCAAGGAGAGAUACGGAUAGAGCAGAAGAUUGAUGAGGCCGUUGCACCCUUAAGGGAGAAGAUCCAUGAUCUGGAGUUGACCGUGUCGCAGAAGUACCCCCCGGUCAAGUUCCUGUCUGAGAAGGACCGCAAGAGGAUUCUGAUCACAGGAGGGGCGGGCUUUGUGGGAUCCCAUCUGACCGACAAGCUGAUGAUGGACGGCCACGAGGUUACCGUGGUAGAUAACUUCUUCACUGGCCGCAAACGCAACGUGGAACACUGGAUCGGCCACGAGAACUUUGAGCUGAUCAACCACGAUGUAGUCGAGCCACUCUACAUUGAGGUGGACCAGAUCUAUCACUUGGCUUCUCCUGCCUCUCCCCCGAAUUACAUGUAUAACCCCAUCAAAACAUUGAAGACCAACACCAUCGGGACCUUGAAUAUGUUGGGGCUGGCCAAACGCGUCGGGGCACGUCUGCUCCUGGCCUCCACGUCCGAGGUGUACGGAGACCCAGAAGUCCACCCUCAAAAUGAGGAAUACUGGGGACACGUAAACCCCAUUGGUCCGCGAGCGUGUUAUGAUGAGGGCAAGCGUGUCGCUGAGACCAUGUGCUAUGCCUACAUGAAGCAGGAGGGUGUGGAGGUGCGAGUGGCCCGCAUCUUCAACACGUUUGGGCCGCGCAUGCACAUGAACGAUGGCCGCGUGGUCAGCAACUUCAUCCUGCAGGCUCUACAGGCUGAGGGCCUCACGGUGUAUGGUUCUGGAUCUCAGACAAGAGCGUUUCAGUAUGUGAGUGACCUGGUCAAUGGGCUGGUGUCCCUAAUGAAUGGCAACAUCAGUAGUCCUGUCAACCUGGGAAACCCUGAAGAGCACACCAUACUGGAGUUUGCACAGCUUAUAAAGAGUCUAGUUGGGAGCCGCAGUCAGAUCCAGUUUCUCCCAGAGGCCCAGGACGACCCGCAGAGGAGACGACCCGACAUCCGCAAGGCCAAGAUGCUGCUGGGAUGGGAGCCAGUGGUACCUUUGGAAGAGGGUCUGAACAAGACGAUUCAGUACUUUGCCAGAGAGCUGGAGCACCAGGCCAACAACCAGUACAUCCCCAAGCCCAAGGCUGCCCGCAUGAAGAAAGGCAGACCCAGACACAACUGAACACAUCUGCACAGUGGAGCAAACCUCUCUCUCUCUCUCUCUCUCUCUCUCUCUCUCUCUCUCUCUCUCUCUCUCUCUCUCUCUCUCUCUCUCUCUCUCUCUCUCUCUCUCUCUCCUUCCCUUUCUUUCUCUCUCUCUCCCUCCCUCAGGGACGCUCUGGGAGACAUUUUAAAGCAAAGGAGGGACAGUCAAGUAAAUAUGAAAAAUGUGUUUCGGUUUCUGUCAAGUCUUUUUCAAGUCUCAAGUCAUUUUCUGCUUUAAAGAGAAUUGGCCAUCAUGCUGAUGCUGGUACGCCAACAGAUAAGACAGGCCUCGGAGAGGCUGCAGACAGAAGACAAGUACGAAAAAAAAAAGAAUGACAGAGCCAACAGACUUUGCCUUGCACUACUGUCCGUGUGCGUUGUGCGCUUUAUUUAAUGAUGAACUGAGAACUUCAUGAGCCAUUUUUAUCUCGAUGAAAUGUCACUGUGCAGUACGUUUUUCUUUGAUUUGUUUGUUUUUUUCCUCGUCAUGAAUCAUGCUUCUUCAUUGCCAUAAAAAAAGCUGUGGGUGUCUCUUCUUUUGUCCUUUUGUGGGCAGACAUCAGUUGUACAUGUAGAGUGUUUAUACCAUUAUGCAGACAAGUGUUGAAUGUGCUCUGGUCAUCUUACUUGACCCUUGACCCUUGACCUUCGAGGCUUCUGCCUGCCGGAGUGAAGGGCCUGAGCAGAGGAAAGGAAAAGCAGUGUGUGUGUGGGGGGGGGGCUUUUCUGUGCUCAGCCUUGUGUCGUGAGUUUUGAAGCCAUUUGUUGUGUCAAUUUUACCUUUGUAAGAUGAUCACCUGUGUACAUGCAGGCACACACAAGACUCACUCUUACAGAUAAACACACACACACACACACACACACACACACACGAACGCUCACCCUUACAGACAAACACUCUUAAAACAUAUACAAACCCACACAUGCAGUCACAAUUUACAGAAUUUUAAACCCCGGAUUUGAUUUCAAGAGGGGGAAAAAGGCUAUUUUAAUAAAAUAUUUACAGUGUUUGUGACAUUUGUUGUGUUGUC